CGGACACCUUCCAGAAUCGUUAUGCAUUCACGUGAUCGACUCAAAGCCUUUUGAGUCAAGUGAGCCAAGAGUCACAGUCGCUCUGCAAUUGGAGUGCGGAAAAAAUCUGGAUCGUCCGCCACCUCAGAUGGCCUCGUGCGCAGCUACUUGUGAUGGCCGAUCUGGUGAUGGUCUUUUGAAAGGUCAGCUACGAACCGUAGGUACAGUCAAGAGUUGAUGAGGAGCUUCUGCUGGUGGGACACGCCAAUCAAGAAUGGCCUUGCGACCCGUCACGUAUGCCAACGCCUCAUCUCUCUCAACGGGCUUAUAUCGCUACGAUCAUCCAUCUCACCAGCACGAGUCAGCCGUCCGCAAUGCUCGAUAGAUGACUACACCUGCAAAUUCUUUGGCGAGGAGCGAUUUGCUGCAGUGCACAUGGUGUCGACGCGAGCGGCGCACACGAGCCUUUGCCAAGCGCAGCCCCGCGCUGGCAAUGCUCCGUCUAAAAGCGGCGCUGCCACCAAACGCCACUCAGAGCCGGACGACAGAGCCGAGGAGCAAAGAGAGCCUUCCGGACUCCGAUCAAGCGAUCAGCACACCGCUGUAAAGCUCGGAGCUCCAGGCUUGGAUCGCCAUGCCACCGGCCCUACUGCUCCAGAAGCCCCGUCUAGCCCUGCGAAUGCACUCACCUGGGACAACACGACAUCCGCAUCCUUGAAUGCGGCGCUGGCCUCUCUCGAUGCUUUGCACAGGCAGGACUUACAUGAAAGUACAUUUGAGCCACCUGUCGCGCCAAGACGCCUCGGAGAGGCACCUUUGAGCAACUUGGACUUGUGCCUAAAUCGCCUGCAGAGCAGCUUGGUUGGUCAAGCAGCGGUGGCACUCGCUCUUGGCGACCAGGAUGAUAUUCGUGACCCGCGUAGCCAUCGAUCAAAGUCUACGCCCGCCACGUGCGCUGGAUCAGAACGCCGAGCAAGCGAUACCGGUGAAGGAAGCUGGCCCAUCAAGCACGCGCCAUUUAGCGCUCGGCCUCGACGCCAGCAAUCACCUUGGGCGGUGAGACCUUUGGCAGGAGGUCCCUCAUUGGAAGAGAUGCGAAUCAAGAGGCGCCGGACGACACCCCGCGCCUCCAAAAAUGAAGCGCCAGACUGUGGCAGUGCGCAGCCGAUCGGUCUCGAAAGCCUUGAUCAACCUGCAAGCGGGCCGAGAAAGGCGACUCUCGUGGUCCGCACUCAAAUCCCUUUAUCCAGCACACCUACAUCAGUGGAAAGAGUACGCGCUAGCAAAAUGGCGCAUGGGGGGCUUGCAGCUACAGCAGGGCAGUGGAGGUCUAUUGAUGCUUGGACUCAAGAAGGCUUCGAUGCUGGACGCUGCCGCUCAAGGCCGUCUCACGACGUCUCCCAAGUGGUUAUAGAGUGCAGAGCAGAAGCGACUGCCGAGGACGUAGGGAUGGGAGCCAGUCAAGGAUGCGCUCGAAUGCAUUGCCAGGUAGGCUCUAAGGACGGCGCUUUGGUCAGCAUGCCAUCAAAGGCAGUAUCUCAAGCUCUCGUGGCGCCGCCAGCUCGUUCUGCCGCGGCUGGAGAGGGCGAGCAACCACGCUCACAGACGUGUGAGGUAUCUCCGCGCUUCGCGGUCUUGCCUGAUGAUCCGAUCCCGCGACCCAGCUGUUCAGGGAAUGACACGACGGGCCAUGCCAGGAAAGACGCCGCUACUGAUAGAGCCCGGCCCAUUUGCGAAAUCGGUAAAUCGGCACAGGACAAGUUUCGGACGACUUCUACACGCGCUGAGGCCCUAUGCACUGGACGCAAAGGAAUCAGACUCGGCGCUGGCAGGCCUCCGCCUCAACAUGCACAUUUUGAAGGCGUUCGCUUCAUGCCGCCCGCGGAUCGCAGUCAUUUGGUGCCGAUGCCAUUUGACGACGAGCUAUCGCUUGUCACACUGCAGCCCUCGAGCCCUGAUCCCGACCUCAGCCUACUUCAUCAGUCUGUCAGCACAGACACACCAUGUGGGGAUCCCGCAUCGAUACAGCGAGCUUUGCCCGACGCCACCAACAUUACAAGUCCCGCCCGCCAAAGUGCGCCUUCAGGCUGUCGCACGCGGAACCAGGCCGACGAGGAGGUCGCCGAGCCGACAAUCAGCCGCAGGGCCCAUCUACGCGCCCUCAAAGAAGCGCAGGAGCACUUCAAAGCUCAGUUGGCGAAGGAGAUAGCAGAUCUGAGAGCUCGGGUUUCUAUGCAGACCGACUUCCAGUCCCCUUCAGCAAGUCGUCGUGGCCCGCCUGGCGACUUCCGUUGGACUACCACUCAAGACCUCGCUACUGACGUCACCGAUCCCAGCCUAGGCGGAUUAGAAGAUGUGCAAGCAGCAGCAGGGGAGGCUGCAGAGGUGCGUCCCGGCUGGAAAUCACGCAUGUUUCCGCGUACAGGCUUUGCGAGACAAAAUCAGAUUCGUCAAGCCGCGUCGGACGAUACACAGCACCGUGCAGGCAGACUAAAGAGGACGCCAUCGCCCCCGCCGCCUCCCGAGGCAUCCGACACGGUAUCCGAGACUGAGUCCGAAGGAGUGCAUACAACAAGCGAUGCAUCGUCACAAGCAGACGAAGAAGCCGAAACCGCUCAUCGAAUUUGCUCUCGUGGCAUCCCACGUCGCUACGAUGCUAGUGCCAUGCUUCGGGUAUCGAAGACGAGCAGCAGAAUGCAAAUUUCGACCCAGGGCGGCAAGGCUGCUACCACAAGCAAGGUCGACGCUCCGGAGAAUGAUAGCGUCACAGAAUCUGACGAAGACGAUCCCUCUGUCUCCCAUUUGCAUAAUCGGAACCAUCACCUGCCAAAGCGCAGUCAGCGUCCAAAGGCUGCUCGUACCUCCGCCAAAGACUCUGCUGCUGGCCGAUCCGGCAAGCGCCCUUCGAACAAUGCGCCAUCGAGCAAUGCGACCAUCGAGAGGGAGGCAGCAUCUGCCUCCAAAAGGUCUCGAAUUGCGGAUAGAUCCUUCAGCGAGCCAAACUUACUUGGUACCGCUGGCAACGAGAACGCUUCGGCACCGAGCAGUCAGCCUGCGCGACGCGCUCAAAAGAAGAAAACGGUCAAGUCUGGUUUGCCGUGCGUUGCCUAAAUGGUUGCAAUUUGUUGGCGAUGAAUAUCGCAGCUUACGCUGUCUUGCUCCUCACUGCAGCAUUUUUGC